GUAGGGCAUGGUGCCUUAUUUAACGUAAGGACUAUAAUAUUAUAAUCGGAAUCGACCAACAACAACUAUGAGAAUGAGCGGAAGAUUAGCACUGCAUCUGCUUUUCUUAGCUGCUUCUGUUCACAAAGUGUACCUAGCGCAGACAUCGGCGCAAACAGAAUUUGACUUUAGCGGCCUUGACAUACGUCUAGCUGGCGGUAACAGCAAUCUUGACGGACGUGUCGAGAGAAGAGUGAACGGAAUUUGGGGCACAGUUUGUCGUGACAAAUUUGAUAUGAACGAUGCACAGGUGGUCUGUAAAAUGUUGUCUUCAGAUCUAUCUGCCAUCCAAGUCAUUUCCAAUACAAAUUACGGACCGGGAACCGGCCCAAUAUUUUACAACCAGCUUCAUUGCUCUGGAUCAGAAACUUCCAUCGAUGAGUGCUCAAGUAUCACUGGAGAACAGUGCGAACAUUAUCAGGAUGUAGCUAUCGUUUGUUCAGUUUGUCCAACAGCUGAUGAUUUUUACUACGGAGACUUUAGUAACGUUACCAUGACUAUAGAAGGACAAGAGUACCACGGCAUAUGUAGCAACGGAUCUUACAACUAUAAUUUCAUAUAUUUGUGUCUUGACAACGGAACAUGGAUACCUACGGACAAUUCUUGCGGACGUUUGAAUAUCACAAACGUUCGUCUGGUUGACGGUGUCGGACUUUAUGACGGUAUUGUUGAAGUACUGGUAGGCGAUACAUGGGGAACGAUUUGUGGCUCUUCAUACUGGUCUACGCGCCUUUCAAGAGGUUCUCCUGGAAGUGCGCUGUCGCAUAUCGUUUGCAAUGCAAUAGGUGGAACGUAUUUGUCUCAUAACAACAACCAAGGAAGCAACGUUGCCCCAAUGAUAGACCAAAUGAUGUGUUCCCAGCCGAACUAUUCAUUUGAUGAUUGCAAAUACGACACCGUUACAACAUGCUACAACAAGUACUAUUCUGCCUGCAAUGUGUACCCUCUCAAUAUCACCGGAAUACGUUUGUCAGAUGGCGGUGAUCCUCAAAUGGGAAGAGUAGAAUUACAGGUCGAAGGCCAAUGGGGCAAGAUCUGCGAAGACGCUUUUGACGUAAAUGAUGCAGCUGUGUUUUGCCGGAUGAUGGGUUUGAAGUUAGUCAAACUUUAA